CCUCGCUCUCACAGUCUGAUCGCAGCCAGAGCAGCGCUGCUCACUCAAGUGAAGGGAUGAAGUUCUCUCCUCGGCUUCUGUCAAGUGUCUUCGCGCUGCAUUUCAUUUGCAUUUAUUCUGUGCCAGUGCCACAGUGGAAGAACAGCAGGCACAAAGCACUGCCGGGAUGGCUGCAGAAGUCUGAUUUCUACAAUGUGAAGAAAGGAAGCAGGCAGUUCCACACUCAGGACACUGUGAAGGAGGUGCUGACGGGAAACAGCAGCCUCUCUGAUCUCCUCCAGCAUGGGAAUGCCUCUGACUUGUGGAAGCGGCCGCGCUGUGGUGUUCCUGACUACCCCCAACAGAAGGGCCUGCAUGGCAAGCAGCACCGGCAGAAGAGAUUCGUGCUGUUCGGGGGACGCUGGGAGAAGACAGACCUGACUUACAAGAUCAUGCGUUUUCCAUGGCAGAUGAGCAAAGCGAAGGUGCAGCAGAUUCUCACGGAGGCCCUGAAGGUUUGGAGUGAUGUCACACCUCUGACUUUUACAGAAAUUAACGAAGGACGGGCGGACAUUAUCAUUGAUUUCACAAGGUACUGGCAUGGAGACAACCUCCCCUUUGAUGGCCCUGGUGGGAUUCUGGCGCAUGCCUUCUUCCCCAGGACGCAUAGGGAAGGAGACGUCCACUUCGACUAUGACGAGACCUGGACAGUUGGGAACAACAUGGGUACGGACCUUCUUCAGGUGGCGGCUCACGAGUUUGGCCACGUUCUGGGGCUGCAGCAUUCCCUGGAGCCGGGCGCAGUGAUGUCACCCUUCUACAGCUUCUCGUACCCGCUGAUGCUGAGCGAGGACGACAAGCGUGGGAUCCAGUACCUGUACGGCCUGCCUCCCCACCUGGCCCCUCCCCAAAUCACCACUGAGACCAAUGAGAUCAUCCUAGCAGUGAGUAGUGACACUCCCACUCAACACUUCAACCAGCCGGAUGCCUGUGAGAGUAACUUUGACGCAGUGUCGAUGAUCCGGGGCGAGCUCUUCUUCUUCAGGUCGCGCUACGUAUGGCGCAUCAGGAACGGACGGCUGCAGGAGGGCUACCCUGCGCUGGCAUCGCGUCACUGGAGGGGCAUUCCAGAGCACAUCGACGCCGCCUUUGAAGACGGGUCUGGGAAUAUCUGGUUCUUUCAAGGUCAUAGCUACUGGAUCUACGAUGGGGAAAGGCAGGUUUCAGGGCCCAACUCGGUGCAAAGCCUGGGGCUGCCGGUCUCCGAUAUCCAGGCAGCUCUGAUGUGGGGCCCCGAGAAGAACAAGAAGAUUUACUUCUUCAAGAGCGGCAGCUACUGGCGCUUCAACCCUGCCAUGGAGCGAGUGGACGAGGUGUACCCACGCAGCAUCCUGGACUGGAGGGGAAUUCCCAUGGAUAUCGAUGCAGCUUUCAGGGACAGCUACGGGUACGCACACUUUCUUCAGGGUAGCCAGUACUGGAAGUUUGACCCAGUGGCUGUGAAGGCACUGGAGGGAUACCCUCGUCUGAUUGGACAGGAUUUCUUUGGUUGCCGUGGUUCACCUAACAACUACUGAUAAGAACAUCUCAAGAGAUGUCCUGAGAGACUGACAUUUUAUAACAAAUGUGUACUGGUACUAGUCUUUGAAUCUUUCCCUAAAUUACCUAAGACCUGUUUCAUUGGAGGAGGUUGGGGGGGUGGGGGGCAUUGGGAGGCAUUGUCAAUACCGGAUUGAGGCCCAGCUUAUUUGUGACACGCCAGCACACAAGGAGUGCUUUUCACCUGCCACAUCUGGCAACAAGUUACCCUUACUGGUACAUCUAAAAAGGGUGAAGCUGAUAUAACAAUACCCUAUAACUCAAGGUGCUUAAUUCAUUUGGAAAAAAAAAAAACAUUCAUCCUUUUUUUUUAAAUCUGUAAAACUGCUUAAAAUCUUUGAGGCAAAAAUAGACACAACAUUUUUGUGGAAAGAAAAAAAAAGAAAUAAAGGCACAGACAUAUAUCUAAAACAUAUCCCCAAAACUUCAUUUGAAGCUUGGACAUUAGCUCUUCCAGCCUCAUUGUUCACUCAGGGAACACAUUCUCUUUCAGUCAUAGCUGAUUGUAGCCCUCAGAUUUCUGCUGUCCUCAUCAUCAUCUCUCAGGAACCAAAACUACAUUAAACUCAGAGGGCUACAUAAUGUCUGGGUACCAUAGUCCUCAAAACAGGACUGUGACCACCACAAUUAGACUGUCCUGGAUAUAACACAGCAGACCUCAACCCCUGGAGUGGUGUAUAAUACAGCAGUAUUACAUUUAGGGUUGCUGCCAUUAACUGUGGACCUGUUUUAUUCUACUGUACAACUGCCAACCCAUUUGGAAAAAUUUGUGCCGUUACUACAGAUAUUUUAUAGCAAUCAGAUGUGAUUUAGUAAGGGCAUAUCUAUUUUGCAAUACAGUACUGUACUUUUUUAUGGCAACUGCAUGUUUUACAAAGUGCCUCUGUGUUCGUUUCUUUACGGUAUAUAUUUAGAUGUUCACUGUGGAAACAUACCUUAUUAACAGGGACAUAGAAAAGAAAGGCUGUGACCAAAACAAAUGUUUAAAAAAAUGAACUCCUUUGUAUGCAGGGUCUCUUUUAAAAAAAAAAACUCUAAAUUAAACAGCAUGCAAUUUAGCAAUGAAGGACACCGUCUGUAGUAUUGCAGUAUACAGUACUUUGUUAUUAACCAUUAAAGUUAACGAUCUUGAAAAUAAAUUGAAUUGUUUAAUGGCACGCAAAUAAAAUAGGGUUCACAUUUAAUCUGUACAACAUCAGAAGCAGGAGUGACCUGCAUUCAAACAGCCAAGCGUGUGACCGUACUUCAAAUGUCUUUAAAUGUCGACAAAGGACUUCAAAUGUAGCAAACAUUUUAAAACAUGAACUGGAUCAUGUGGCCUAAAUGCAAGACAAUAUUUUUGGUCAAUCCACUGUGAUUGUUUGCUUGCAAGCAUCCCUCACUAUUAUAAGAGCCAGGAAUGGCAUUUGAAUUGUGUAAACACUGUCAUAGCAGAGAACAGAGGAAUGGAAAAGGGUUUAAACAAACUUACUGUAUGUCGUGCUUGUAUAGUUAUGCACUACAACUCAAUCUCAUGAGGCAUUGAAGUUGCUAUGAUACUACAAUCAUACAAAUAUGUGUAUCCUUGGUAUUUUAAGUUGGUGUAAUUCUUCUUGUUUAGUGAGUGCAGCUCUUGCUGUGAUUGAACUCCUCAUAAGGUUCUCUAGGGUGAGCUCUGUGUGAAGUCCAGGUGCAUGGGAGAGCAGCAUUGAACCACCCCCUUUCCUCAGACCUCUAGAGGUUAUUAUUAGUGGUACAAUAUGUCAGUGCUGGACACUGGUCUGUUAUUUUCUAAAAUGUUUUUGUUCUUGUAACAUAAAGCAUGGGCCCCUAAUCUCGAAUCAUUUAUCUUGUGUUAUUUAAAUACUGAUUUUUUUUUUUUUUUUUUUUUUUUUUAAAGAAUGUGUUUCGAUAAUAAAUUGAUUUGUCAAAACAGACUUAAACAAUUAUUUGAAUAACUCCUGGGUUAACACUUUGUGAAAGGCUUCAUGGUGUGAUAUCAUCAUUACUUAUAUAUUUGGGGUACAGUUGCUUGACAUAUAUAUGUAUAUAUUUUUUUGUUUUUCAGCACUGGUAGUUUACUAUAGACCCAUAGCACAUAGUAACACAGUAACUGUGCGUUAGUAGUAUUCAUUCACUGGUAUUUUAACUAAAGAUACUCCAUAGAAAUGUAUCUUUGUUUUAACUGAAUCAUUUGACUGUUUUCCCAUGAUUUAUUUUUUUU